AUGGCCCGUGAAGGAGAACAGGUGCGAUUCCCGCAGUUGGAAGUCUCCUGUUCUCCGAGUUUUGUUGUUGAAAAAUCAUCAUUUUUUCCAAACUGGGAUCGAUUACCUUCACCAAAUGAAGUGCAGGCACGCGUUAAGGAGCAACAACUCGCCGGAGUGUAUUCCGACCAAGAGGGACCCCAUCCGAUGGCAGCCCCAUAUGCGUGCCAGCCACCUGCCAGUUUCGAAGAGAUGGGCCUAUUUGUCAAGUGGGGAGGCUCUGUCCAACUUUCCGAAGCUCAGAGCCUAUAUGCCAUCCGUCAAUUCCUCAAGGGCGACGUUCCGGUGCCCGAAGUGUAUGGUUGGCACACCGAAGGAAACGUGAGAUACAUUUACAUGGAGUAUGUGAAUGGAACAUCUCUUGAACAAGUAUGGCGGAUUAUGACAAUUUUUCAGUGCCUACGACAGGUCGAACAGCACCCAAAGGACCCAUUUGUAGGCAAUGUCACGAAAGGACCACUUUACGACAGGGCUUUUCAUGUGAAUUAUAUGCAUGAAGCAGGCCCUUUCGCUACAGUUCGUGACUUUCACGACUGGUUUACAUCUCUUCACCGAAGACCGAUGUCAGAUCCGUACUCGGUCCCAGUGGAACCAUUCCGCUAUGACCUCCCGGACGACUGUGCAAUCAAAUUCACUCAUGGCGAUCUCCAUCGCAGUAACAUCAUCGUCACACCCACACCCCCAUACCGUAUUCUGGCGGUUGUCGACUGGGAGCAAUCUGGUUGGCUGCCGGAGUACUGGGAGUCUCGCAAGGCGCAAUAUACCGCUGAUAGAGGUGAAUCAUGGUCCACCACCUACCUGCCCGAGAUUCUGGACCAACGUGCUAGUAUUUGGGAACCAUGGGACUACUACACGUCGUCAAUGGGUUGUUGAGUCGUUACACAAUGCUCGGAUGUUUCUUGCGCUCAUCGCCAUUGAUGGCUAGUCAGUGUAGUUUUUAUCUAGCAAGAGAGAAUCGAG